AUGGGGCAAUCAAUCACGACCCCUUUGAGUCUCGCCCUCGACCAUUGGCAAGACGUCCGGAGUCGGGCAGAUAACCUCUCUGUAGAAGUUAAAAAGAAAAAAUGGGUAACACUUUGUACUGCAGAUUGGCCAACACUCAAUGUGGGUUGGCCAAAAGAGGGUACAUUUAACCUAGAUCUUAUAUUACAGGUAAAGUCCCAGGUUUUCAUCCAAGGUCCUCAGGGACACCCUGAUCAAGUACCCUACAUCGUUACCUGGGAAAAUCUGGCCUCUGACCCACCCCUCUGGGUCGCCCCUUUCUCUCCUCCUAAGCCUGUCCUACGAUCUCCCUCCGAAGCCCCACCUCCACCCUCUGCUCCACUUAUCCCAAUACCCGCACCCCCUCCCCAAACCUCCAGGCUCUAUCCCAUUCUUGAAAAACCCAGAAAGGCGACUCUGGCAGUGACGGAACCCAAGAAGGUUUUGCUGCCAGAAGAUUCAGCUCUCCUAGAUCUGACAAUCGAAGAAACCAGACCCCCACCUUAUCAGUCCCAACCCAUACUGGCUUCUAAUCCCAUCCAGGUCUCCUCGGAAGGAGAAGAAGAAGGAGUAGAUCCAGUCCUCAGUAAUCCUCCGGGCCUCUCCCCCAUGGUUAAGAGACUUCGGGGCUGCCGAGAGCCUGCCACCUCAGGAGAUACAUCGAAAGUUCUCCCCUUACGGCAGACGGGGGGCCCCAAUGGCCAAUACCAGUAUUGGCCUUUCUCUGCCUCUGAUCUCUAUAACUGGAAAACACAUAACCCAUCCUUUUCUAGUGACCCUGUAGCUCUAACCUCUCUAAUAGAAUCUAUUCUAGUGACUCACCAGCCGACAUGGGAUGAUUGCCAGCAGCUUUUACAGAUCCUCCUCAUUUGUGAGGAAAAACAGAAAGUUCUCCUGGAAGCCCACAAAAAUGUGCCAGGGGAUGACGGGCGCCCCACUAAACUCCCAAAUUUGAUUAAUGAAGCUUUCCCCUUGACUCGGCUGGACUGGGACUAUAACACUGAUGCAGGUAGGAACCACCUAUGUCUCUAUCGCCAGUUACUCAUAGCGGGUCUCCACGGAGCAGGGCGACGGCCCACCAAUUUGGCUCAGGUAAGACAAACUACCCAAGGGUCAGAAGAAACCCCGACUGCCUUUUUAGAGAGACUUAAGGAAGCCUAUCGGAGGUACACGCCUUUUGACCCCGACAGUGAGGAUCAGAGAGGUAAUGUCUCUAUGGCUUUUAUUUGGCAGUCCGCUCCAGAUAUUAGGACUAAAUUACAAAGAUUAGAUAACUUACAAGAUUUUUCUCUAGCAGAUUUAUUGAAGGAAGCAGAAAAGAUUUUUAACAAGAGAGAGACUCCAGAGAAAAAGGAAGAAAGAAUCAGAAAAAGGCAGGAGGAGAGAGACCUCAAAUUUAGGGAAGAACUAGACAGGAGGGAGCGGAAACAUAAUAAAGAAUUAAGUAAGAUAUUGGCCACUGUAGCUCAGACAGGACCCCAGGGAAAUAUGGCAGGCAAGGAAAGGGAACAAAGCAGACCCCGUUUAGACUGA